ACCCUGCGCGUCCGAGGAGGAGAUCACGACGGAAAACGGCAGAAAAAAAUAUAGUGGACGUUAAAAAGUCCCACAAAUGAAUCUUUAGCUCGGAGGAGCGCGACCGCAGCGGGACGACAGGGCUGGUUCCGGUUCGGAAGAAGCAGAAUCUCUGGAUUUAACGGACUGAAAACCCUCUUGUGACUGUCCGGAUUAAGCUCUCGCUGAAAAGGGAAACCGAGCGACCUUCGUCCGUCCAGAGAGGAUGAACGGACCGACCGCGAACUGAGCCGAGGGGUUCGGACUCGGAAACGGGUUCUGGCACCGACAGUUCGAUGUUGUCGCGCACUCUCCGCCUUGGAUUCCGCUCGGAAGCGGCGCCGUAGCUGCUCGUUUGUGCACAGAACACCUCCGCUGAGCGAACCGCCACACACUUAGUUCGCUUCGAGCCCGCUCGCGAGUGAGUUCGCCGGAGACCGACGCGAAGACGAUCGGUUUACUUGUGCCGAUGCCAACGGCGGACUGCAGGCUGGUCCACCAUGGCCGGAUCAUGAGGUGCUUGACCUACCUGCUCCUACUGCCAGAAACGCUGAAGAAGUCCAAGAAGGUCGGCAGGCUCCCGGGCAGGCUGCCGGUCUGCUAUGAGAGCCUGACUCUCCUGACGAAGAAGAAGCAGCAGCACAAGGAGAAGCAGGCGAAGAAGAAGAAGAUGGCUGCGGAGCUCUACCCCGCCGCCGACGCCAACACCAACCUGGCCAACGGCACCACGGUAGCGGACGCGGAGAAGACGAAGGAGGCGCCGGUGAGCCCGAGCGGCGGCGGCGGCGGCGGCGGCGCGGCGACCUCCCCGACCUCCCAGCAGAACAUCAACAACAACAACGUGGACCCACCCAGCUGGCAGUGCAGCCACCCCACGCUGCGAGAGAGGAACGCCUUGAUGUUCAACAAUGAGCUGAUGGCUGACGUGCACUUCAUGGUCGGCCCCCUGGGGGGGUCCCAGAGGGUUCCAGCACACAAGUACGUGCUGGCCGUGGGAAGCUCCGUCUUCUGUGCCAUGUUUUACGGCGAUCUGGCAGAGGAGGAGUCUGAGAUCCAUAUCCCAGAUGUGGAACCUGCUGCUUUUCUAAUUCUGCUGAAGUACAUGUACAGCGAUGAGAUCGACCUGGAGGCAGACACGGUGCUGGCCACCCUGUACGCAGCCAAGAAGUACAUUGUCCCUGCUCUGGCCAAAGCCUGCGUCACCUUCCUGGAAACCAGCCUGGAGGCCAAGAACGCCUGCGUGCUGCUGUCCCAGAGCCGCCUGUUCGAGGAGCCGGAGCUCACGCAGCGCUGCUGGGAGGUGAUCGACGCGCAGGCCGAGCUGGCGCUGCGCUCCGAGGGCUUCUGCGAGAUCGACCUGCAAACACUGGACAUAAUCCUACGGCGGGAGACGCUCAACACCAAGGAGGUGGUGGUGUUCGAGGCCGUGAUGAACUGGGCCGCGGCCGAGUGCAAGAGACGAGGCCUGGGCCCCACCACCCGCAACCGCAGGGAGGCGCUGGGCUCGGCGCUGUUCCUGGUGCGCAUCCCCACCAUGACCCUGGAGGAGUUCGCCGAUGGGGCGGCGCAGUCCGACAUCCUGACGCUGGAGGAGACGCACAACGUCUUCCUGUGGUACACGGCGGCCAAGAAGCCCAAGCUGGACUUCCCUCUGGCGGCGAGGAAGGGCCUGGCGCCCCAGCGCUGCCACCGCUUCCAGUCCUCGGCCUACCGCAGCAACCAGUGGCGCUACCGCGGCCGCUGCGACAGCAUUCAGUUCGCCGUGGACAAGAGGAUCUUCAUCGCUGGUUUGGGACUGUACGGCUCAAGCGGAGGCAAAGCCGAGUACAGCGUGAAAAUCGAACUCAAGAGGCAAGGGCUGAUCCUGGCGCAGAACCUCACAAAGUUCGUGUCCGACGGGUCCAGCAGCACGUUUCCCGUGUGGUUCGAGCAUCCGGUGCAGGUGGAGCAGGACGCCUUCUACACGGUGAGCGCCGUGCUGGACGGGAACGAGCUGAGCUACUUUGGCCAGGAGGGCAUGACGGAGGUGCAGUGUGGGAAGGUGACGUUUCAGUUCCAGUGCUCGUCCGACAGCACCAACGGCACCGGGGUUCAGGGAGGACAGAUCCCAGAGCUGGUGUUCUACGCAUGAGCCUGGCGACGCGUGUCCUCACCUCAGCCUCAACGUAAUGUAGCAUCAAAGACACACGAAUGGCCUGCUCAGCUCUGAGAGACGCUUUUAAAGGCCAAGGAGCCGUUUUAUCUUAUUUAAUUUAAUGUUAUUUUUUAUUUAAAUACUGAGUUAAUGUUAUUUGCUCUGUGUUUAAAAGGCUGCAGCUGCCGUAGGAACAAAAUUAAUGCAGCCAUUUGUGGUUAUGUAAUCAAGCUAAGCUCAACUGGAACAAGUAGGGAUUGCUUCAAAUUGUGUAAUUGCAAUGUUGUUACCAGAGUCCGAGCAGCUGCAGAACACGAGGAGCAGCCUUUAUGUAGUGUUACUUUACUAAAUGCAAGAAAGAAAAAAAAACAGGAUUGUUUUGCACUUCAGGCCUCAAAAAAGUUUUGUAAAACACAAGCGUUAACAGCUUGAUGCUGUUAAAGCGCAGACGUGUUGUGUACCAGGAUGAAACAUAAAGGUUAUAACGUGACUGAA